AUGACAAGCAACGAGAAGCUCAAAACUGCUAGAAAGCGACUAACUGAACUGAAAAAGAGGGGCACUGAUAGUUAUGUUCAAAAUGGCAAUUCGCUCAAUAAUGCUGGCCUCAACACUGCUGGACAGGAAGAGGCUGCUUUGAACGCACACAGGCUAGCCCAAGCUCUAGAAGAGAUUGCGCUUUUGAAGGAACAGAACCGGCGGUUCAAAGAAAAGAUCGAGAAGCUAGAAUCUAAAGUCGCGAGUUACGAAAGCCUAGUUAGCUCAGAGUCAGCUGAGGCGCCUUUACCCCCUCCGCCCCGAGCUGAGCCGGCGAAACCCCGAGUCGCGAUAGCCGAAACGCCAACAGUUAUCGAGCCCACACCCGUGGAUCGGACGGAGGAGCUGCAAAAAUGGAACGGGUGGCAAGUUGAUUUGAGAGGAUGGAAAACCCUUGGUGUAGGGCCACAAAUAGACAUCUAA